GCAAGGAGGACUACAUCUCGGGAAAAACACAAGGACAAGAUAUUUACCUCCAAUAAACAUGUUGGAUUCGCUCACAUUACUCCUGGAAAAAGUACUCUUCCUCACUCACCUCAAUGUCUUCAAUCAGUUCAGGACCAGUCUGUUGUUUUCAGACACACAGAGAGAGAGGGAGAAGAAGAUAGUUACAAAUCACUGCGAGAAAGAGGAGGUCCCCGAUCCCUCCGCCUGCACCGCACUCACAGACUCCCUGUACCAGCGGGGAGACUUGUUAGAAGUUCCCCGGACUCUAUUCACUCAUUUCGGCAUCUAUUUAGGGGACAACCGGGUGGCACAUCUAAUUCCGGAUAUCUUACCACUCUUUACAACGGACAAGCUUUCCAUUCAGGUGAUGGUAACUAACAAACGCUUAGUUCUUGGCGUUCUAUCCAAGAGCGCCAGCAUCCGGGUGGAUACCGUUGAGGACUUUGCCUACGGCGCGUCAAUUCUACUGAACGCUAUGGACACUACCGUGCAGAAACGACCGUUGGAUGGCGAAGAGAUUGCGAGGAGAGCGGAGGAAAUGGUUGGGAAGAUACCGUACAGUUUACUGUGGAAUAACUGUGAACAUUUCGUUACUUACUGCCGGUACGGCAGCGCAAUCAGCAUUCAGACAGACAAGUUCUGUGAUUGGCUGAAAUCUGUCAUCCGGGAUCAUAGGAGUGUCCCGAUGACGGCGUUCCUGGGAAUUCUGUCUAUUCUCAGUCUGGGAGUGUCCCCUUACACCACGCUUCCCACCCUCCUCGUCCCCUUCACCCUCUGGAUGGCAGGCUGAUACCUGGGAAUUCUGGAAAAUCCAUAAUGAAAAUGUCAUUCUGGAAUUCCGUUUAAUUUCAGUAGGAAUUUUGAUAAUAUGUAUAUAGGUGUGUAUAUAUAUAUAUAUAUAUAUAUAAAUAAAAUCUCCAGAAAUGGAAAUGUUCACGUGUCAAUAACAAUGUAUUUUCUUUUUAAAAUAUAAUAAUUUUGGGGGUGUUUUUAUAUUUGGCCUUUUACACACAAGUGGAAAGGUGUUUCACAUCCCAACUCCCCCUGAGACACGCGCAGGAAGUGGGGUCAGGGUCAUCAUAUCCCAACUCCCCCUGAGACACCUGCAGGAAGUGGGGUCAGGGUCAGGGUCAUCACAUCCCAACUCCCCCUGAGACACCUGCAGGAAGUGGGGUCAGGGUCACCAUAUCCCAACUCCCCCUGAGACACCUGCAGGAAGUGGGGUCAGAGUCACCAUAUCCCAACUCCCCCUGAGACACCUGCAGGAAGUGGGGUCAGGGUCACCAUAUCCCAACUCCCCCUGAGAGUGGAAUCCCCAU